AUGACGCUCAACAUCCUUGUCUCUUUCUCCCUGCUCGCUCUGGUCGUCACAGCCCGUCCUCUCAAUGACGCGCCACAAUCCGUGAAGCGUUCCCUUCAGGUACAGAAUGCGGUUCAGGCCCUCUUCGAGUCUCGCACAGGGCGAUCUCCCGAUUGCUUAGCAUGCGAAGACAACGACGACGUCCACGUUUCGCUCACCACUUCCGAAGAGCAAUCUGCUCUCCUCGAAGACCUUGAGGCCCUUGGCGCCGUAAAGGCCGUCAUCCCUCUCAACGUCGAUGGCACCCCCGCCGAAGACGAGCAGCAGCUGUAUGAGAUUCUCAAGGCGAUCAACCUCGGUUCAGGAUUGUCGCUCGAGGACCUUGACGGCGAUACCGCCCUCGCCACCCAGGAGGACGCCCCCGCAGAGAUCGCCUCUGAAGACGCCGUGACCGAGGAGCGCUCUCCCUCUCCGGAAGAAUCCUCCUCGGACUUCCUCGACGUUAUCUUCGGCGAAAUGGCGUCGCCUCCCCUCGCCGUCCUCGCCGUCUCCUGCUUUGCAGCCUUCCUCGCCGUCUUCUGCGUCGGCGCAGGACUGUAUGCAUACAACCACCUUAACAAACUCAUGAACACCUCCGAUCUCGCUUGGGACUUCCUCCCGCGCCUCGAGAAGCAGAUCGGCCUCGACACGACUCACGACGAUAACGACAACGGCCCCGACGGUGGUGUCCCCGAGAAGCGCAGGCUGCUCGGCGACGGCCCGUUGGCGCCCAUGAACGUCUUCCCGGAGAAGGCAAGCGACGAUCUGAACGAGAAGGCCAGCGAGUUUGCGGACGCCGAGGACCACCUUUCCGACGACGAAACCGAUUUCGACGACUCGGAAAAGUUCCACGACGCUCCAGAACCCUCGUUGCUCUUCGCCGGUUCGGACCAGUCGCCGCAGUACCAGCCCCGCCCGGACGUUCCCACCAUCGUUAUCGACGAGCACGCCGACCCGGACUUCCUCCCGCUCCCGGACAUUGAAUCGCAAUCGACCCCGUUCGCCACGCCGCUUCGGACACCCGCGCACUCACCCGCACCGCAAAUGCGGGAGAUGGCGGGCAGCCCGACGAUGUCGAGCAAGCCGCUCUGCGAGACCCCGAUGCCGGGGGCGCUGUUCGUAGACGACGCGCCGGAGAUGACACAGGUGCAACGCCCGCGUGGGCGUCCGACGCCACGGCAGCCAAUUGACAUCGCGUUCGCGCUCCAGCUCCGUCCGGGGCUGGGUGCGGGCGCGGACUCGGCAUGGCUCGUGCGGUUCCUCAUGGCGAUGUUCGGGUGGAUGACGUUCUUCGUUGGUGCACCGAGGGAACAGCAGCAGCGCCGCGCGAUUGCGGCGUGA